AUGGCAAAUCAAACCUGGAAAGCUGAGCCGCCGUACAAGAAACCCAACGAGUCCUUCACCAAGAAGCUCCAAGGCUCGUGCCACUGCGGCCGCGUAAAGUACUGGCUCAGUCAAGACAAGCCUCUCGCCUCCAAGUACUGCCACUGCGAUGGCUGCAAAGUGCUCCACGGCGCACCUUUCCAAUGGGCAGCAAUCUUCAAAAAGCAGGACAUGGCAUUCGAGAGCGGCGCCGAAAACCUACGCUUUUACAACUCCAGUUCUCAAGCACAGGAGCGUGAAUUGCCCUGCAAAGUGAGCUGCUCUUACUGCGGCAGUCUCAUCAUGGACGAGGGGCGCAACAUGGUUCUACUGUUUCCAACGCUUCUCUCUUUCGAGAAUGAAGCCCAGAGAAAAAGCUUUGAUGUGCAGUGUCACCUCUUCUAUCCGCAGAGGGUCGUCGAUUUGCCGGAUGGAAAGCCCAAAUGGUCAGGGCUGGAUGAUAAAAGCGAGCUUCUGGAUGAACCUUGA